AUGGCGCCCUCCGGAACCGUGAUUGGUUCGGAACUUUCUGCGAUCCCACAGGGGGGGCCGUGGGAAGGGCGGGAUCCAAGGGAUCCCAGGGAUCCAGCAGAGAUGGAGAUCCGCUUUUCCGAAGAGGAUGAGCUGGCACAAAGUGUGGCUGAGAUGGAGGUGACCGUUCCCGAAGUAUUGCGAGUCACAGAGGCCUGUCAAGCCUUCGAACACUUCGCAGCAGCACUGCGCCCGGCAUGUCACGAGAAUUUCUUCUACAAGAGUCAGCAGGCGGAGAGCAUUGGCACCUUCUGGAGCCACUCUUGGCACGGGAACCAGUGGAAGAAGAUUCUGACCCUGAUGACGUUCUACAACGGCACCGCGGCCAUUGCCUUGGGCUUUGUCGCAGCCUUGGUGAUGAUGCUGUUCUUCAGCUUCGACCUCCUACCCGGUUUCUAUCGUGGCUACUACGACAUCCAGUGGUCCACCUGGUGUUUGCUGUCGGCCCUGCUGGUCAGCAGUGGAACGUUAUUGCUCUGGCGUCCCAAGAACCAGGUGUUUUUGGACCGGAUCUGCAUCAACCAAGCAAACAAGAAUAUGAAAACUGAAGCAAUCUUAAGCCUAGCAGGGCUGCUGAGAAAAUCUGAUACCAUGCUGAUCCUGUGGGACCCCAGCUGGACAACAAGGUUGUGGUGCUUGUUUGAGCUUUCAGCCUUCUUGAAAAGCAGCACCACGCGGAAACAGACCCUCGUGGUCAGACCGAUUUUUCUUGGGCGGAUUUCCAUCGCAGUGUUCCUGACACUCACAGCCUUCAACUUUCCAUUGACGAUUGCACCUUUUGAUCGCGCCAAGAUGACUUCACUAUUGAUUCCCAUUGGUUGUGGCUUACUUUUGGGUGUAUCAGUUGGCUAUUGGACUGUGAGCACGGUGCGAAAGUAUUUCCGAGAGUUGGAAGUGAUGAAGCAGCAGCUGUUGGACAUUUCCUUUGAUCUGACUCGAAGCACAUGCUGCGACCUGAAACACCAGGGCCCAGCAGGCGAGGUCUUGCUGUGUGACCGCAAGGUGGUAAAACGUUGCGUCAACAUCUGGUUUGGCAGCCAAGAGGCUUUUGAGAACACUGUGAGAUCAGAGGUCCUGGAAAUCUUGAGCCGUGAUUUGAGCGAACGAGUUUUUACCACUCCCUGGGUGCUUGGAGUAACUUCUCCAGUCGUGUGGAGCUUCAUGGAUUUCGCGGCCAGCUUUGCUGAAAACUUUGAUGUCGAUUUAUGGUGGCGUUCCGACAGCAUUUGUUUCCUACUGGAAGGUUUGUCUAUUUGGCUCUUGGCCAUUCCAAGCAUCAAGGAUGUCAUGAUCCCUCUUAGCCGCCUGAUGCAAUCAAAGCCUGCAAGCAGCUUCGCGGAGGUCUUGAAGAAUGCGGGAGUCUCGUUCAUUGUGAGCAUUCCGAUCAUGAUCUUGUUGCUCUGUUACGUAUGGACUCGAAAUCCCAACCCGGCGCGGCGUGCCGUGACCUUCACCGGUUGCACGCUGGUGGUCUCCAUGUGCUGGUCCUGCGUGGCUUGUGCGUUGAAGGCAAGGCUGCGAUUAUCGCGAUGCUGA